CAACGAUGCAUUUCUCAAUUCUUACCACUGCCCUGGCGCUCGCCAGCGUUGCUUCUAGCACGCCUCUUUCAGUCAGACAAACAGCCAACGCUCUCGAUGCUGCUUUCCGUGCUCGAGGCCGUUCUUACAUUGGCACCUCGCUGACCAUCCGCAACGACAACACGGAGCAAAACAUCAUCCGCAGUUCGGAGUUCGGCUCCAUCACGCCUGAGAAUGCCAUGAAGUGGGAUGCCACUGAGCCCAACCGUAACCAGUUCAACUGGGGCAACGCCGACGCCAUUGCAAACUUCGCCACGCAGAAUGGCAAGCAAAUGCGAUGCCACACGCUGGUCUGGUACAGCCAGCUACCAAACUGGGUCAACCAGAUCAACAACAACGCCACACUGAUGAGCGUGAUGGAGAACCACAUCAAGCAGGUAAUGGGCCGAUACCGUGGCAAGUGCACGCACUGGGAUGUAGUCAACGAAGCCCUCAACGAAGACGGCACAAACAGAAACAACGUCUUCCUCCGCCUCAUCGGCGAACAAUACAUGCCCAUCGCCUUCCGGAUGGCCGCUGCCGCCGACCCAUCCGCAAAGCUCUACUACAACGACUACAACCUCGAGUACGGUACCGCCAAGCACGCCGGUGCCCUCCGCAUCGUCAAGCUGAUCCAGUCCUGGGGCGUCCGCAUCGACGGCGUCGGUCUGCAGGGCCACUUGGUGUCUGAGCCCACCAACACGGCUAGCGAUGUCACACCCAGCGUCCAGGUCCUGACGAAGGUGCUACAGGAUUAUGCUGAUUUGAACGUCGAUGUUGCAUACACGGAGCUGGAUAUCCGAUCGAGGAAUCCAAGCAACAGUCAGAAACUUGCGGAUGCGGCGGCGGCUUGGGCGAGGGUGGCGCAGAGUUGCAUUAACGUGAGGAGGUGUAUUGGUAUGACUAUUUGGGGAAUUGCCGACAAGUACUCCUGGGUCCCUGGGACUUUCAACGGCGAGGGCUCGGCUUUGCUGUGGAACGACAACUUCCAGAAAAAACCUGCUUACACAGCAUUCUUGGACGUGCUCAACGGCAAGAACGUUACCACUGUGUAGAUUUCCGUUGCGUUGCGAAAUGGCGGAAUUUGGCAACAGUGGUGUUGUUGGAAAAAAAGACGGGGCUUGUGAUCCAGAAACGAGUGAUACAACAAAGCGCAAUGUCUCUUCUACCUUACCUUGUAAAUAUUCAGAAUCGCAAUGUUUCCCACAUGUACAUCCCUUUUCCAAAGUAAUACACCAAAAAAAAGCCACUGAACGAACGAAUCAUUGCGACUCAUCGUUCUUUACUCACCAACAUCUCGCUCCACCUUCUUCCCACCACACCCAUAUUUCCCCAUCAAGCAAUUUUCCACACUUCCCAUCGAUCGCUGUGAGCCUCAAGGCAUCAUCCAUGAACAGCCCCGUAUUCCUCUUGGCCUCGCCUCUCUCCUGCACCCACCCUCGGCGUUGUCACACAACCAUUGGCCCGUACGGCGAAGUCCCUCCGCCAGCAAGGUAGAUAUGCAAUGCGCACAUCGGA